GAGCUCCAAUUCUUUCGUCUGCUAAGCCCCGCAUUCCCUCUGUGUCAAGGAGAAAACCAAGGUUGACUCAUCUUGGAGCCUCUCUUAAUCUCUCUGUAAGCUUUUGCUUCCAUUUUCUUUUCCCUUUUUCUGCAUUUCAAGAUCUGCAAAGGUUCUAUAUCAAUUAGAUUCAUUCUUUUUUUGUAUAUUUAAUGGAUAGCAAUUACACAGCUAUUCCCAAGAAUUCGUUUGUAGAAUUACAAUUGAAUCAUGAUCCUGAGAUCCCAAUACACCCUCGAAAAACCCACGUCAAAUUGCUUCCUCUUAAUGAUGAGGAGAACUUUGGAGAUCCCAGGAUCGAGAAUGCUGGAAUUUUAGGUGGUGAUGAUGAUGAUGAUGAUUUUGAUAUUGAUAAUUAUCCACUUGUUCUUUCCAAAUCCAACAGCGAGUCUGGGAUUUAUGGUGCGGUUUUUAAUCUCACCACAACUAUUAUUGGGGCCGGGAUUAUGGCCUUACCAGCUACAAUUAAGGUUCUUGGAUUGGUUUUAGGGUUUCUGUUGAUAAUUCUGAUGGGUAUUCUGUCUGAAAUCAGCGUUGAAUUAUUAGUUAGGUUUUCGGUACUUUGUAAGGCUUCUUCCUAUGGUGAAGUUGUCCAAUGUGCUUUAGGAAAAACCGGCAAGGUUUUGUCUGAGAUUUGUAUAAUUUUGAACAAUGCAGGUUUUAUGGUUGUGUAUUUGAUAAUUGUAGGUGAUGUUAUGUCAGGAUCUCUCCAUCAUAUGGGGGUUUUUGAUCAAUGGUUAGGGCAUGGGGUGUGGGAUCAUAGGAAGUUGGUGAUUUUGGUUGUGGUGGUUGUUUUUCUUGCACCCCUUUGUGCUCUGGAUAAGAUUGAUUCACUUAGCUUAACUUCAGCUGCUUCUGUGGCUUUGGCUGUUGUCUUUGUUGUGGUAUGUUUUAUUGUUGCUUUUAUUAAACUUGUUGAAGGAAAAAUUGAGGCUCCAAGGAUGACCCCCGAUUUUGGUUCAAAGAAGGCCAUUUUGGAUUUGCUUGUGGUGAUUCCCAUCAUGACAAAUGCUUAUGUUUGCCACUUUAACGUUCAGCCUAUAUAUAAUGAACUUGAAGGGCGGUCACCCCAGAAGAUGAACCGAGUGGGGAGAAUUACAACUAUUCUUUGCAUUACCGUUUAUGCUUUGACUGCCAUAUCAGGUUAUCUACUCUUUGGGAAGGAUACUGAAGCUGAUGUACUGACCAAUUUUGACUCAGAUCUUGGGAUUCCUUUUAGCGCCGCCUUGGAUUAUAUUGUCAGGGUUGGGUAUAUUCUUCAUUUGAUUCUUGUUUUUCCUGUUGUUCAUUUCUCUUUAAGGCAAACAGUGGAUGCCAUGGUGUUUGAGGGAUCUGCUCCACUUUCGGAGAGUAGGAAGAGAUCUUUAGCCUUAACAGCAGUGCUAUUGGGACUGAUUUAUUUUUGCUCUACCAUGGUGCCAAACAUUUGGACAGCUUUCAAAUUCACAGGGGCAACUACAGCAGUGUCAUUAGGUUUCAUUUUUCCAUCUCUUGUUGCAUUGAGAUUAAGUCAUCGAGGUGAGGGUUUGAGCCAUGGAGAGAAGUUCUUGUCAUGGUUUAUGCUAAUCAUGGCAAUAGUAGUUGGCGUUGUUGGUGUAAUUGGAAAUAUUUAUAGCUUCAAAAGUCAAUCCAAAUGAUAUUCUUCUUACUGGUUUGGUGGUAGUUUUUAUGGAAAAAACAUUGCCAAUUUUCGUCAUAGUCGAGUGAUGCUUUCUCUGGUGCCUACUCAUUUCAAACAACCAAAUCUAAUUGGGAAAUUGAUGGACCUGUGGCAAAAUGUUGUUUCAGAUUGCACUGAUGUUAGGAGGUUCUCACAGAGGCUUAUAAAGAUCUGAGGGGUGUCCUGAUGUUUGAGAUACAGCGACUUUUCAGAGCAACUGUGACAGGCCAUUUGAAGAAUGUUUAGGUAAAACUACUUAUAUAGUUUUAGGGCACCAACCACACGUAAGUUGAUCGAAAAAAUGCACUUCAGUUGCAGUAGGUUUUGUUUUCUUUUGCCUUCGAAUGUCAUUUAAACUGUAUACUUCAACAGCAAUAAUGCUGCUAAUGUGAAUUUUUUACUGGAAUUUAUGUAGCAAUGUGGCAUUCUUGAUUAA